AUGACUCUAAGACAGUACGAGGCGAUUCUACCAUCCAAACGACUAGCGCAUCAGAAAUAUAUUUUUAUGAGUAACGAACCUGCUGCUAUGUAUCGUUUAGCUUCACACUACAAUGGGUAUUUCAAUUACACUUUUACAUAUAAGCUCGAUUCGGACAUCACAUGGAGAUUUUUUGUUGUUAGAAAUAAGAAAGGUGACAUUGUAGCGCCUAAAGUUGACGUUAAAUGGAUUGAUGUCAACGAUAUGGAACCUAUAAGUGAUGACAUCAAACGUAAAUUGCAAACUAAAAAUAAAGCUGCAGCGUGGCAUGUAUCACAUUGUCAUACGCCAAGUAGACGUGAAGAAUUUGUCGAAAAACUAAUUCCUGAAUUGUCUAGGUAUAAUCUAAAUAUUGAUAUCACUGGAUUUUGUGGAGACAGAUAUUGUCAGCUAUGGGGCGAGGAGUGCCAUGUCGCAAUAGAAACAGAUUAUUAUUUCUAUUUGGCGUUUGAAAAUUCAAUGUGCGAUGACUAUGUAACUGAAAAGAUAUUAACAGCUACUCAACAUUAUUCUAUACCGAUCGUUUUCGGAGGCGCAAAUUAUUCUAGGUUUGAUUUUCCAUACUGGUAUAACUAA